AUGUCUUUAACCCUGCUGGGGUCGUACUCGUUAUCAGUCCGGGAUCUGGACCACAACACAGGGGAAGGUGUGAAGCACUACAGGAUCCGCAACAUGGACAGUGGAGGCUUCUACGUCACAGCCAAGAUAUCCUUCAACUCUCUGAAGGAGCUCGUCCAGCAUUACUCCCGUGAAGCAGAUGGAUUGUGCACAGUCCUGGUGAAACCCUGCCAGUCCAGGGCGCCGCAGAAGCCCUGGUGGCAGGACGAGUGGGAGAUCCCCCGGGAGUCCCUGAAGCUGGAGCGCAGGCUCGGAGCAGGGCAGUUUGGAGAAGUCUGGAUGGGUGUCUACAACAACGACAGGAAGGUGGCCAUUAAGAACCUGAAGAUGGGCACCAUGUCAGUGGAAGCCUUCAUGGCAGAAGCCAACAUGAUGAAGAACCUGCAGCAUCCUCGCCUCGUCCGUCUCUUCGCCGUGGUCACCCAGGAACCUAUAUUCAUUGUCACCGAGUACAUGGAGAAUGGAAGCUUGGUGGACUUUCUGAAAACACAGGAGGGAAGCAAAUUAUCCACCAACACACUCAUAGACAUGUCAUCACAGGUGGCUGAUGGGAUGGCGUUCAUCGAGCGGAAGAAUUACAUUCAUCGAGACCUGCGGGCUGCCAACAUCCUAGUUUCCCAAGAGCUCAUCUGUAAGGUUGCAGAUUUUGGCCUCGCAAGAUUAAUAGAGGACAAUGAGUACACGGCGAGAGAAGGUGCAAAGUUUCCCAUUAAAUGGACAGCACCAGAAGCUAUAAACUAUGGCACCUUCUCUAUAAAAUCUGACGUGUGGUCAUUUGGGAUUCUUCUCACAGAAAUAGUGACAUAUGGACGGAUUCCUUACCCAGGUAUGUCCAACCCAGAGGUGAUCCAGAACCUGGAGCGUGGAUACAGAAUGCCGAAGCCAGAAAACUGUCCCGAUGAGCUUUAUGACAUCAUGCAGGAGUGCUGGAGGGAGAGACCAGAGGAAAGACCCACGUUUGACUACCUGAAGCACCUUCUGGAGGAUUUCUUCACUGCCACAGAGAGGCAGUACCAGGAGUAGCUGCAGAGCAGAGAAAAAGACCCACAGAGACACACAUAUGUGUAAUCAAACUAAUAGCACAACUGGCGAUAGUUGAUGCUGGAUUUUUUUUCCUAUUUGCUAGAGAAGUUAGGGGUGGGAACUGGGACGAUCAUCAUAAGAGUACUUUGUGCAUCAAACUAAUCCAGAAAACAUUUGCAGUAAUCUCUGAAGGAAACGUGCGAGCAGGAGAGAGGAAUCCUGCUGGUUGAAUAAACGGGGAAACUCAGUGCUGGAGCUGAAUAAACAGCUGCUCUCCUGGUGCUUUUACAAAAAAAAACAUGUAAAUAACUGCUUGAGUUGAAUUUUUUACCUGUGCAUCAUAAUAGCGGUUUAAUUUACAGUAGCAAGCUUUUUGUGAAUGUUUGUGUAUUAAGGCAUAAAACGAGCCACUGUUUGACUGAAUAGAGUUGGGAAGCAUAUUAAAUACAAAGACGGUACUUUAUGGAUGUUUUUUAUUUUAUUAUAAAGAAUGAAUGUCUAAUCCGUAAA